GAGCCACAGCCUUCUAUGGACAGAGAAGCAGUGGAGCGACUUUUUUUCGAACUUAUGGAAAAGUACAAUCAAGAGGAGCUGUUCAUUUUGGGCGCAGAACAUCUCCAUCAUAUCAAUGAGCUUGAUGAACAGUAA